UUACGCUGUGAACCAGAACCCCGGAAUCUGCUUUUGGAGCUGCUGCUCCUCUCGGUUCGGGAACUGGGGGCCACGGUGGUGGGGCGAUGCGAGACGGUGGGCCGCUGGGGCGAGCCGGGCUGGCGCUGCUCCUCAUGACUGCUGGAGCGGGAGCAAGGCCGUGGCCUGCUGCCUACGGGGACCAGUCCCGAUCUAACGUGGUGCUGGUGGCCUGUGACUCCUUGGAUGGACGUUUGACAUUUUUUCCAGGAAACCAGACUGUGAAUUUACCGUCCAUGAAUUUUAUGAAAAGACAUGGCACUAUCUUUCUCAAUGCCUACACCAAUUCUCCAAUUUGUUGUCCUUCCCGUGCAGCUAUGUGGAGUGGACUUUUCACUCAUUUAACGGAAUCUUGGAAUAACUUCAAAGGUCUAGAUCCAGAUUAUGUAACAUGGAUGGAUCUCAUGGAGAAGCAUGGCUACCAUGCACAAAAGUUUGGGAAACUGGACUUUACUUCUGGACAUCAUUCAGUAAGUAACCGUGUGGAAGCUUGGACUAGGGAUGUAAACUUUCUGCUCCGGCAAGAAGGAAGACCCAUGGUGAAACUUACAGGUCAUAGGAAGCAGUUUAGAGUGAUGGAAACAGAUUGGCAGAAUACUGACAAAGCAGUAAAUUGGAUAAAGGAAGAAGCAGUUAACUUUACUCAACCAUUUAUUCUAUACUUGGGACUAAAUUUACCACAUCCAUAUCCAUCACCCUAUGCAGGAGAAAAUUUUGGAUCCUCUACAUUUUUAACAUCUCCCUAUUGGCUUGAAAAGGUAAAUUAUGAAGCUAUUAAAAUACCCAAGUGGUCUUCUCUUUCAGAGAUGCAUCCAGUAGACUAUUACUCAUCAUACACCAAGAAUUGCACAGGAGAGUUUUCAAAGGAAGAAGUAAGAAAUAUUAGGGCAUUUUAUUAUGCUAUGUGUGCAGAGACAGAUGCCAUGCUGGGUGAGAUUAUUUCAGCUUUGCAAGAUACUGGACUUCUUGGAAAAACAAUCAUUAUAUUCACUGCAGAUCAUGGAGAACUUGCUAUGGAACACCGUCAGUUCUAUAAAAUGAGCAUGUAUGAGGGAAGUUCCCAUGUUCCUCUUUUAAUUAUGGGGCCAGGUGUAAGAGAACAGCAGCAAAUACCAAAUGUAGUGUCUCUUGUGGAUAUAUAUCCUACUAUGCUUGACAUAGCAAGAAUUCCUGUCCCACAGAACCUCAGUGGGUAUUCUCUUAUACCACUGCUGUGUGAAAAAGCUGAGAGUGAAGCUUCACCCAGACGACCUCGGCCCUCAUGGGUGCUGAGCGAGUUCCACGGAUGCAAUGUGAAUUCCUCUGUGUAUAUGCUGAGAACUGGCAAGUGGAAAUACAUCACGUACUCGGAUGGCUCUUCAGUACCACCCCAACUCUUUGACCUUACUGCUGAUCCAGAUGAGCUUACAAAUGUUGCCAUAAAAUUCCCAGUAACUGUACAUUCCUUGGACAAAAUACUUCGCUCCAUAGUAAACUAUCCAGAGGUUUCUUCUUCUGUUCAGGAGUAUAACAAACAACAGUUUAUCAGCUGGAAGCAAAGUUUGGGUCACAAUUACUCAAGUGUUAUUGCAAACCUUAGGUGGCAUCAAGACUGGUUAAAGGACCAAAAAAAGUAUGAGAAUGCAAUUGACAAGUGGCUUGGUAAGUAGAUACAGACAACCUGGAUUUCAUAUGAAUGCAGAUAUAAAAACAUCAUGCAUUUGUAAUAUUAUGCUGUAUUUCAAGUGUUAGAAUUAUUUUCUUAUAUAACCUAUUGAAAGUAAAGAUUCUGAGCUAUUACUUCUUUGUAUCAGUAAGCCAAGAGCAUUUUAUAUCUAGUCAGCACAACAAAACUAGAG